AUGAUAGAAAACAUAGCGCAACGUUGGAGGGUGCUGAGUGGGCAGGACAAUUGGAAAAACCUCUUGGACCCUCUUGACAUUGAUCUUUGUUGUUAUAUCAUUCACUAUGGCGAAAUGGCAAGCAGCAGAUAUUCCAGGAAGAAUCUGUUUGCCAGAGUUGGUCUAGCAAUUGGCAACUCGUAUCAUUACACACCAACCAAGUAUCUGUAUUCAACAUUAAGUGUUGAUGUUCCAGAAGAAUUUCUGUUGGAACCAUUCUCAAUGGAAGCUUGUUGCAAGGAAUGGAAUUGGAUAAGAUAUGUAGUUGUGGCUACUGAUCAAGGAAAGGUUGCCUUGGGAAGAAGAGAUAUAUUGGUUACUUGGAGAGGCACAAUUCGGGCACUGCAAUGGAUUGAAGAUUUUGAUUCUCCAUUGGUAUCGGCUUAUAAAAUACUUGGGAAAGCGGUAAUCCACAAGCGAUAG